ACUGUCAGCUGACGCUAGCAAGCGGUGUCUCGGUCUAAUUAAUCCGCGCUAGGCCUGUCAGAGUGAGUUAUUGAUGAGAGGUUGAUGCAUAUUGGCUUUCAAUGGUUUUAUCUGGCUGACCAGUCGUUCAACAACACCAUCUUGCUUGCUAGUAACGGUAGAAUUAGACUGCUUUUUGUGUUGCUCUGAUUUGUGUUGGUGUUGUUGACAAAUAAUGGCAUGUUUCUCACUGCUAGCGGUUAGCUACCGUUAAUGCUAACCUAGCCAGCUAGCUUCUUUAGCUGUCUAUCCUGUUCAUUGAUUCUUACUUUCCAUUUUAUUUUUCGUUAACGUUAAUUGUUUGGUUUGCUAACGGUAGCUAGUCAAGAUAGUGGUUUUUGAUUUAGACUAGUUAGCUAACUAUUUCGCUCUAAUUUACCUCGACGAUGCUAUGCAGGUUACGAUAGCUAAGGACAUGUUGACGACCAUAAUAAAACUUCACUUCAGACAGUAGCUAAGCUUUUCACUGAAAUGUUUGACUUAGAAUUAAAUAACUGGAGCUUUACUUGACUAAUGAUAUUAGAAGUUAAGCUAGAGAGGGUGGUUUAAAUGGCAAGAAUUGAGCCAGGUAAUGGACUUCAGUCAGCAGAGUCCAUCAAAAGUUUGCGGGGCACCAGAGAAAGCCUGGCACUGACAGAUGAAGGCAACUCUUUCGGCUCGGACUCAGAACUAAAUGGCUAUACCAGCGAGAGACAGACGGAUAAAUAUGGAUUUAUUGGGGGUGCACAACAAUAUUCAGAACAAUCAGCUGAAGACAUCCCUCCUGAAGUGCUGAGACAGAGAGAGGCCAAAUGGCUGGACAUGCUCAACAACUGGGACAAAUGGAUGGCCAAGAGACACAAGAAGAUGAAGCUGCGCUGUCAGAAGGGCAUCCCCCCCUCGCUGCGAGGCCGGGCGUGGCUCUACCUGUCAGGAGGAAAGGUGAAGAGGGAGCAAAACAAGGGCAAGUUCGAGGAGCUGGACAGGCAGGCAGGAGACCCUAAGUGGGUGGAUGUGAUCGAGAAGGACCUCCACAGACAGUUCCCCUUCCAUGAGAUGUUUGUGGCGAGAGGAGGCCAUGGGCAGCAGGACCUGUACCGUGUCCUCAAAGCCUACACACUGCACCGGCCUGAAGAGGGUUACUGCCAAGCUCAAGCUCCCAUCGCUGCUGUGCUGCUAAUGCACAUGCCUGCUGAGGAUGCAUUCUGGGGUCUGGUGCAGAUUUGUGAGAAGUACCUUCCUGGAUACUACAGUGUAGGGCUGGAGGCGAUCCAGCUGGAUGGGGAGAUCCUGUUUGCUUUGCUGAAGCGGGUGUCUCCUCUGGCCCACCGCCACCUGAAGAAGCACAAACUGGACCCCAUCCUGUACAUGACAGAGUGGUUCAUGUGUGCCUUCUCCAGAACCCUGCCCUGGGCCUCUGUGCUACGUGUCUGGGACAUGUUCCUUUGUGAGGGAGUGAAGAUCAUCUUCCGGGUGGGCCUGGUGCUGUUAAAGUGCAUGCUGGGCUCUCAGGACAAGCUAAAGACGUGUCAGGGACAGUACGAGACCAUGGAGCUGCUCAAGACCAUAGACACACGCUACAUGCUGGAAGGAUUCCUAGUGCGGGAGAUUAUAGAGCUGCCGUUGUCAGAGCGGGACGUUGAGAAGGAGCACCUUGCCCAGCUGCGGCGCUGGAAGGAGACCCGGGGUGAGUUGCACUGCAAGUCCCCUCCCAGAAUGCACGGCGCCAAGGCUAUCAUGGCCGCCGAACCACCCAGUCGCCAAGACCUGCGCCAGAACCCCACCAUCAUAGUCGAGUCGUCCCUGGCAACCAAUAAGAAUGUGGAGGGCCAGGAGGAGGACAAGGCGAGGAUAAAGACCAAAGAGCAGAAGAAUGGAAAGAAGAACGGCACCCCGGUGGCAUCCAACCCUGAACCCAGCGACACCUCUACCAAGCCCACCCCACCCCUCAAAGACACACCCUUGCAGGGCUCCAAUCAGAGCCUGAUUAGCACAGAACAUGACACCUACCUGUAGCAGAUGGAAAGAGCUUGGACCAGCUGGGGAUUACAAAACCUGUUUACUGCUCACGGACUCCAGAUCUCCAGUAUACCCUUAACCUCUGACCCCUUCCCACUCCCACCUUCUUGACUGACUCUUUCCAUUAUAGCCAAAUGCAUCUAUAGCAAAACACUCCAUAAGAAUGGAAGCCUCUGGCGUUGGUGUAUUGUCCAUAUUGCCCUGGGUGCUACAACAAGUGUAGACUGUUGUCUUUUACACAUGAAUGGGGGAUGUCAAUUUAAUCAUCAGUUGGGAGAGUGCAGCACUUUGUUCACUUCGUCAGUUUAUCUCGAUCUUUUCUUAUUUAAUUAAGUAUUUUAGGCUGAUUCAAGAUCAGGUGACAUAACUAUGAAGUCUGUUUAGCCAGGAGUCCUGGCCCUGUCCCAGCUGAUCCGGGGUCAUUACUGGAUGCUUGAGCACUACGCCUGUUUGUCUGUCACUUAAUAUGUACUGUAGUAUAAGACACUAUAUUGCCAACACGCACCAAUCCUGCAUUGUUAGAUUAACAGGAAAUGUCAGUAGUUAAAUUUGUAAGCACAAUAGAAUAUGGUUUGAAUACCGUAGGUUGCCAACAUAUUGUAUAAAGAUAAACGCUAUUGUCAUUCACUCAUUGGUGCGUCCUUUUCUCUCUGGUUGUAGUUGAUGUUGAUGAACACUAGAGGGCUCUGUGGGUCCAUUGUUCAGCCCUGACCAAUGAAGGACUUGAACGACAGGCUCAAGGGGAAACCAAUCAUCUGUAUCAUUUAUAGUUUCUAAUGAAGUUAAUUAACAUUUGCUGGACAAUUCCUGUCACUAGACCAACAAUUUGAUGGUUUACCAUGUUUGUUGAAAGAGCCAUGUUGUCUAAAUCAUUCCUUAGUGUGUAUGAUUCUGUGCAUGGCUCCAGGGAACAGAGUCCAUGUGUAGUUAUGUAGUGGGAGAAUGCCAAACGAUGGAACGCUCAUGUCAUACUCAGCCAUGUUGAUUCUGCUUUGUCGAUAAAAUGUGCUUACGUAUACUCUAAUUUGUGUAUACUCGUUUUAUUAGAUCUGUGCAUAAUUGCUUUAUAUGUAAUCGUCAAUAUUACGCACGGGUGUGUUAGUCAAAUAUUUGCCUUUUAGAUUAGAACUGCAGAAGUUAUUUUCUGAAGGGACUGUUUUAUAUCAAGUAAAAUAUAAAUGUAAAAAAAUAUUGAACUUAUGUAUGGUAAAAGGAUGAUUUCUGUAAAUUGCUAUGUAUUUUCACACUUGCACAUAGUUUACAACUUCACAUACUAUAGAUUUAUAUUUGUCUAAGAUGAAGCGCUUUGUCCCUGGUCAAGUCCUCUAAGAAUAAAAUGUACAUUUUGUUUGUCUUCUG